CAUUAAUUACAAACAGUUAAUCUUUCUACGACUAUAAUGGCACCGGUUAACGUGCCGAACUACAGUAAGUGGCACAGGCCUCCCACCACAGUUUACGAAGAUAAUUAUGGCUACGGGAUCAACUUUUAUCAGCCAAUGAUCGACUACAUCUCGGACAAAGAGAAGGGUCGCGCUGGGAAACCUCCGCAUCUACCGUGGAACAAUGAGAGAGGUUUAGAUAAAUACAAAUACGAUAAGGUGCAGACGUAUACCGAUCAAGAGGUGGCAAAACUUUCAAGAGAAGUAGCAGAACAAGCUAAACGUGAUCUCAAUAAUUUUGAAGUAACUAAACGGACCCCGUUUUCCGUGAUUGCUACAGCUGCUGCAGCAAAUGUUACAAAGCACGUAGGAGUAGAAAGUAUUACGACAAAGGCUGCGAAGAAAAAUAUGAACAGAGAAAAAAUCAAAGCAGAAAGACGGAAAAAAAGAAUGGACGAAAUUGAAAAGGAACUCGAGUUAUAUGAAAAAGAAGCCAAUGUUGGAAACGAAUUGAGAAGUAAAGCUAUUAUGUACAGAGGAAAAUCUGCAAAGGCUAUUGCACAUACACUACUUGAAGAAAGCAGAAAGAAUGUUGCUCAAGGUAAAAUACGAAAAAUGGAUUUUGAAGCAAGAAAAAGAGCAGUAGACCGUAAUUAUGCAUAUUUAUCUGAAAAUAUAGCUUCACAAACAUUACAUAAAUUCUCAACAACUUGUGAAAACAAAAUGUCGGAAGCUAUAUCAGAAACCAUAAGAGCUGUUCGUGAACAUUCGCCUACUACAUGUAUUGUAAGAAUUAAGUCAGAAGCACCAAUUAUUGUAGAAGAAACGUACUUGCAGCCUUUGCAGGAAUUGAAGGAAACUAUUAGACAGUUUGAAAAUAUAAGUACCAACAUCAUGAUUGACAAAAGGUAA